AUGGCCGUUGAGCGCCAGACCUCCGCACUGCCGCCCGCUCAGCCAAGCUACAUACUCCGCGGGCAUGCCUCGCAGAUACACAGCGUGCGAUUCGUACGCCGGAACAGCCGCCUUCUGACUGGCGAUGCUGACGGCUGGAUCGUGUACUGGAAGCUUGAAACUAAGCGAGCACUCGCACUGCGCGCAUCCGAUGAGCCUACAUUUUCUACCGUCUUGCCUGCAGAGGACGCGACCACACCGAGACCGAAACCAUGGCUCCUCUACACCCUGCCUGUUAACACACUGAACUUUUGUGCAUUCUCAUUGUGCUCAUCUAGUGCCCAUGAUGGCCCAAACAAAGUCGUGGGGACGUCGAGUGAUGCCAUUCUCGUAGCUACACCGUCCACUGACGACAAAAAGAUCAACAUCUACCAGUUUCCUGAAGAGAAGCUGAGGUAUGUUGUGCCGAAAAUUCCAAUGGUAGAUUCUGGUAUGGUCAUGGCUGUGAAACUCGUACAUCAUACCACAUCAAAUACUGUCUUGAUACUGUCCGGGUACGAAGGAGGUCUUACAGCUGUUCAUCGACUUCCAUCCGCUGAGGCCUCAAGCGUCCAGUCGACUGAGCUUAUAUACCUAAGUCAGCCUCACACUCAGCCCAUAUUAUCGCUGGACAUAUCAGCGGAUAACAGAACCUACUUCACUUCAGCUGCAGACGCAGUCAUUGCAGCGCAUAUCAUCCCUGACCUGUCAAACGGUAUCGCGCAGGGCAAAAGUGCAAAGGCGCAAAACGCACCUCUCUCAGCCACUUCUGCAGCGGAGAUCGCAGCAAAAGAUACGACGUCUUCAAUCCCACCGUUACCAGCAAUCAGAAGCAAGAGUCCCGAUAUCUCGCCUACAGACUCCAACCCAACAUCACAACUCUCCUUCUCCAAACAACCUCUCCGCCCACCCCAACCAACAUCUCCAAAACCAGCAGGUCUAUCCUCCCUCCUCGCCAGCGCACCAUCCCAAUCCACACCCAAUCUCCUCCCACAAAAACCACCCCGAAUUACCAUCCAACAACCCCACAAAUCCACAAACACCAAACACUCAGGCCAGCAAUCCCUGCGCGUGCGCUCCGACGGCCGCAUCCUCGCCACUGGCGGCUGGGACACGCGCAUACGCAUCUACAGCACCAAAACACUCAAAGAAGUCGCGGUGCUCAAGUGGCACAAGGAAGGCAUAUACGCCGUGGAUAUUGCCGAGGUGUUGGACGCUGGUGAUUUAGCGGGACAAGAUGGGCAAGGAGGAGACGGGGAAGUAGUAAGAAAAGAAACCGGGCUGGGGAAACUGCAGAAACAGAGAGAGCAAGCGAUGCAGCUCAAGCAUUGGAUUGUGGCGGGCGCCAAGGAUGGGAAGGUGAGUCUGUGGGAGGUUUUCUAGGUGU